AUGACAAAGACGCAGUGGCAGGCCAUCAGUGCCGCAAAGCAAGAGGCCUUGCUCGCCUCGAUUCCCCCGGAAUGGAUGAUUGAUGCAGACAUCCUGCCGCCAGACUCACAGCAAGACGUCUCAGCCUGGCCUGAAACCUCUGGAUGGUUCGGCAGGACAGAACUCGAAAUUACUUCUUCUCCAGCGGCCGUCAUCCUCGAGAAGACGACUUCAGGGGCCUGGACGGCCGAGUCGGUUGCUCGUGCGUUCUGCAAAAGGGCCGCCGCUGCUCACCAGCUUGAGAGAGAUAUCCGGACUAACGUGAUAUGCCAGACAAACUGUCUCUCAGAGAUUAUGUUCCUUGAGGCCAUCAAGACUGCUCAGGCCCUUGAUACCCAUCUCGCCACUACUGGCAAACCGUUGGGACCGCUACAUGGCCUCCCGGUCUCCAUAAAGGAUAACUUCAACAUCGUGGGUAAAGACUCCACGCUCGGGUUCACUGCUUGGGUCGGCCAGCCGGCGACGUAUAACAGUACCCUGGUCGAUCUGCUGAGGAAGGCUGGCGCUGUGCUCUAUGUUAAGACGAAUGUGCCUACGGCUAUGAUGAUUGCAGAGACGGUGAACAACGUCUUUGGUCGGACUACUAACCCCUUUAACCGCUUUACCUCGUCUGGAGGCUCGUCCGGUGGCGAGUCAGCCUUGAUCGCAUUUGGUGGAAGCCCCCUAGGUGUUGGAACUGAUAUUGGUGGUUCUCUGCGUAUACCCGCUGCUCUCACUGGUAUCUUCACCCUUAAACCUUCCUUUGGCCGUUUCCCCAACUUCCAGACCAAAUCGGGCCUCGCGGGACAAGAAUCUGUUACUAGCGUCAACGGGCCUAUGGCACGAGACUUACGCUCCAUCUCUAUCUGGGCGGAAGCGGUCGUCGGCUCUCAGCCCUGGAUGACCGAUCCCAAGUGUCUCCCUAUCCCCUGGAGACAAGUCGAGAUCAAGAGGAGUUUGAAAAUCGGCAUGCUGUGGAAUGAUGGCAUGGUCCGACCAACUCCUCCCGUCAGACGAGCUUUGAAAGAAACCGCAGAGAAGUUAAGGCUGGCAGGGCACGAAGUUGUCGAUUGGACACCGAUAGGUCAUGCGCAAGCUGCUGAUAUCCUGGACCGUUUCUUCCUCUCUGAUGGCGGGAAAUCGGUUGAAAAGCUACUUGCCAUGUCUGAUGAGCCUAUUCGUCCAGAGAUGGAACGAUAUGGCCGUGCAGUCGACCAUGGCGUAUAUAACCUAUGGCAGCUCCACAAGGAGCGAAAUACACUGCAGAAGGACUACUUGGAUCGAUGGAACGCUUUAGACCUUGACGCCAUAUUAGCACCGUUUGCUGCUGUCGAACACUCUAAAUUCAGACACGUUGCUUACACAGGUGUAUUUAACAUUCUGGACUACCCCUGCAUAUCAUUUCCUUGCAAUGUGAUUGUUGACAAGGAGGUUGAUGUAUAUGCUGCUGGAGAGGUGCCAUUGAGCAAGGAGGACUCCUUGGUACAGAGUGAAUAUAUAGAUAACCCUGGUGUUAUCCACGGAAUGCCUGUCAGCCUUCAGCUAGUCGGGCGUCGUCUUGAAGAAGAGAAGGUAGUAAAGAUGUGUGAUGCCAUUUUACAGGCACUAUGA